AUAAAUUAUCAGUAAUAAAAUCAGAAACCCAAGUUUCCUUCCUGAAACUGAUUUUCACUUGCCUGGGUAUUUACCAGUGUGCAUAUUUCUAGGAAGGUUCCUGCUAAAGAGGAACAUGGGAAAGGGUUUGAGCCAGUGCUGUGACCCAUGGAGCGUGAGCAGUGGAGGAGGCGACCGGUGGGGGGGCGGGGCACAGUCUUUCAUUCCACAUACAUUUCCCCAGCUCUCCCUGUACAGCCGGGCAUUUUGCAAGGCUCUGGGGGUGCAGGGAAUGCCCAGUCCUGUAGGGAAGAGCAUAAACAAUUAUAUUAAAAAUGAAGCCUUAGACCAAAAUUCAAUGGACAAGUAGAAGUUAAAGUCAGCACACACUGACACUGGUGCUCUUUGGCCACCCCUACAGUACAUGGUCCCUGGUGGAUAUAGAGGUCCAGAAUCAUACCCUAAUGGGAGACAACCAGCAGGGUAACAGCCCUGAUUGCAUGUUAGAAAGAUAAUUUCCAGAAGGGAGAGAGGCUAGAGGCAGAGAGACCAGCAUGACAUUUGCUAGGUUCUAAAGGCUAGGAAGACAGAGACCCUAUCUGCUACACUGUAUUACAUAGUCUCUCCUGCUGGUGUUACAAGCAGUCCAUGUAGAAAUGGUGGUUGAGAUAGAGCCCUGAGAACUGUAUCAUAUUUCACUGAAUAUAUCUUUUAAAACAUUACGUACUAAUAAGAAAAUUUGCUGAGUGCCUGGGUGGCUCAGUCCUUUAAGCUUCUUACUCUUGAUUUUGGCUCAGGUCGUGAUCUCAGGGUUGUGGGAUCAAGCCCCAGUCAGGCUCCUUGCUUAGCAAGGAGUCUGCUUCUCUCUCUCCCCCCUUUCCUUCUGCCCCUCCUUCUGCUUGUGUUCUCUCUUUCUCUAAUAAAUUUUUUAAAAAAGAAAAGAAAACUUGCCAGGUUCUGAUACUCCAUUAAUUGUUCGUCCUGUUGUUAUCAGUGUUAAAAUGGGGGGGAAAAAGGCAUCUUAGAAUCAGUGAAAUACUAUAAAAUGAAUUAAGCUGCAAAGGUAUUAAACUGGAAAUGAGAAGUAGGUUGAGAUAGAGAUAUCCUGCCUGUUGGGUGUUGAGCUUUGCCACUUACUAGCUUUCACAGAACAAAUUUCUAAAAAUUUUCCCUUUUCUUGCUUGGAAUUAAGCUGGCUGAGAUCACAUGCUUUGAAACACUUGUAACCUGUUGCUGCUCACACCUUGGUCUUUCACAGUGAGGGGGUGCUAUGUAAGUCCCUGUCUUGUUUAGAAAGGGGAGUUUGUUGAGAAACAUGGGGCUCAGAGCUCCUGCUGCUGACGGAUGCAUACAUUUGGGGAGGUGGCAGAGAUCUGAUCAGCACAAAAGGCCUGCCUGGCCCCCUGGCCAGACUCAAAUGAAGGGUUACCUUUCUAUAUUUGAUUUCUUUAUCUGACGGAUUCAUUGUGUUCUCCCAGAACUUUCAUUCCUUGGGCUGUGCUAAUUAUCUUCCCUCUCUAGCCAAACAAAACAACCCCCCCCCCCAAAAAAAAGGAAUGGGAUUAGGGAAAAACUGCUAGCCUUGGUGUGACUUGGUUAUGCAAAAGCUGUGCUUGCUCCCUGAGGGGCCCAGUGCAUGGGAAGGCUCAAAGCUCGUCAGCCUGGGGGAAAGACUGGGGGAAAGACAAGUUUCCUGGCAGUAAGCCCAAAAGAGCAGACGGCUUCCUCUCCCAGGUGUUCCCUAGAACGGAGAAUGACACUAACUUGGGUACCAUCCGCUUGGGCAAAACAAGAAUGAGCAAGAUGAUACUUCCCUGCCAGACACUAUUAAAUUACCAGUGAUGGGGGGUGGGGAGUAUGCAGCAGGGCCAGCCAGUCUAGGAGGCAGCUGUCCCUUCCCCUUUACAUAGGCAGAGAAACUGAGCAGUAGUGUUGAGAGGGACUUGCCAAUGUUCAUGUAAUGAGGUGGAGCUGACUUUGUGACACUUUUUCAAGCCAGGGGCUCCUCCCAAAGGUGACCAGCUUUUCUCCACCCAUGCUCCAGACCUGCCUGGACCUGCCUAGACCUGCCGAUGCUGCCCAGGGAGCUAAGUCUCCUCCCCAAACAUAAACUGAAUCUUGUAAACUCAGUAAACCUGGCCUUGCCUCUGGCUUUGUUUCAUCCUCCUCUCCCUUUCCCCUGCCCUCGGUCCUGUCUCUUGCAGGUCUUGGCUGGCGUGUCAGGAAAGGGGUUCCAUCCCAUGGCUUCCUACUCUGGGGAGCCAGGGCUCUUGUCCUGUGGGUCCUGUGACAUGGUUUUCCGCUCCUGGGCGCUGUUGGCCACCCACACUCAGCACUUCUGCAUUGGCCGUCUGACCCCAGAGGUGGUGCCACAAGAACACCAGGGCCUUCCAGAGCAGGCGGCCAGCAAAUUGGCUCUUAAGAAGCUAACGGAAGAGGUGCAGCGGCUGUGGCUGUACCUACAGGAAGUGCGACCCUGGAUGGGAGAGGUCCCCAGGGGAUUAGAAGGGCCCCGGAGCCAGACUGAGGCGCACACUCAGGGCCCCACCCCCGAAGCUGCUGGAAGCCCCGGCGAGCGGCUUCGCGCGCUGCAGGGGACUCACGCAAAGCGGGUGGCGGAGACGGAGUCACAGAGCCGAGCCCUGCAGCGGCGCAGCGAGGAACUGAGCCAACGCCUUCAAGGUUUGGCCCAGGCCCGGGGCGGAAUAUCACGCCUUUUUGGUCUGGAGCGGGAGCUUCGAGAACUGCGGGCGGAAGCCGGGCGAACGCGGGGAGCUCUAGAAGUGCUGGGGGCGCACGUUCAGCAGCUACAGCCGGAGUCGGGAACCCGGCUCGACGCCUUGCGAGAGGCAGAACUCUGUUGUCCGGUGCUACAGGCCAACCCAGGGACUCUGGCUACUGAGAUCGGGGCCCUGCGUGAGGCCUACGUUCGAGGCGGGGGCCGGAACCCCGGCGUUCUGGGCCAGCUAUGUCAGUUGCAGGUGGAGGCCUCAGCACUGGAGCUGCGGAGGCUGCGGACCCGCAGAGGAAGACGGGCAGGUGACCCACUCGGGGAGCUUCUAGUAGUGGAAGCCGAAAACCGGCGCCUGGAGGCAGAAAUCCUGGCCUUGCAGAUGCAGAGGGGCAGAUGCCCUACUCUGCUCCCAGGGCCUAGGGAGCCUCCAGCUGCGGUGAAUCCCAGCCCACGCCUGAGAAGGAGGGAAGAUCCCCCACGCGUCCCGCCGCCGGUGGCUCCCCCGCUGCCGCUGCUUCCACACUCCACAGGCAUCCUAUUGAGUGGCACAGAACAGGCCGUGAGGACCCAGGGGUUGGGGCCUGGGCAGCUGUUUUGUGUAGUUGGGGAAGCAUGGGCACCUGAGACUUUCCGCAGCUGUCAGCUCUUCCCCUACCCACAGCUGCGGGUUCCUGGAACCACGACCAGGAACCUAGGCCUGGAUCCAUACUGCCUCCUGCCGGCAUCUGACGUUCUGGGCCCUGCACCCUAUGACCCUGGGGCUGGCCUGGUCAUUUUCUAUGACUUCCUUCGGGGCCUUGAGGCUUCUUGGAUUUGGGUGCAACUAAUGACUGGCUUGAGCCGAGAUGGACAGGAUACAGGAGGGGCCACAGCAUUGCCCCCAGCCCUUUGCUUGCCCCCACCUCCAGCUCCUGGGCCCAUUGGCAACUGUGCCAUCCUUGCCAGCAGGCAGCCUGUACCCAGACUGCCACCUUCACCAUCAGUAUCCCUGGUCUGUGAGCUACAGGCCUGGCAGGGGCUGGCAUGGGCUAGGGAACCACAGCCCAAGGCUUGGGCCUCACUGGUGCUAUUUGACCGGGAUCGAAGGGUGUUAAGUGGCCGUUGGCGUCUUCCACUUCGGGCCCUUCCUCUGGACCCCAGCCUUGGCCUUGGGCAGCUGAAUGGGAUUCCCCAGGUAGGUCAGGCUGAGCUCUUUCUGCGACUGGUUAACGCAAGAGAUGCAGGUGUCCAGACACUGGCAGAGAUCAAUCCAGCAAGUGCCCAGGAGUACCAGUACCCACCUCCGAUGACCCGCUCACCUUCACUGGAAGCGCGCUCCCUUGCUCCAAAAGCCGGCUUUGUUGAUCCCCCUCCUCCUGCAGAAGAGCCCUCAGCAGCAGAGUCAAGGGUAGAUGGUUUGGGCCCUCCUCACAGCUUUGACCCACCGCCCCCCCGGCCUUCUGAGUCUAGGAGAAUGUGGGCAUGAGCCACAGGCUCAGAACGAGGACUAAUGAAGCUUGUUGCCAGACCUGCAGCUUUACUACUCCACGUUCUCAGAGGGUCUAGAAGCAAAUAGUAGAUACAAGCUCAAAACAGGAGGUCCAACUACAGCUUUACCACCUUCCACAAAUACUUGGCCUUUACCAGUUUUCCUCUUUGUGAAACAUGUGAGGAUUAAAUGAAUGUUGGGUAUUUUC